AUGAAGCUAAAAGGAGAAAUAGGGGCACUAGGGGAUGAUGGAAGUGGGGAUGGUGGGGAGGUAGGGGGAGGAGGAGCUAAGAAAAGACAUAGAAACAUCAGUGCUGGUCUGGGGCACAGAGGCUUUGUGACGCCUGAGGCUCUCGAGUUCAUCAGCAUUUCACCAAACCUCAUGUCCUGCUCCGGGCAUAUCAAAGAUGCUGUGACGCAGUACCGUCUCUCCUCCCUCCGCCUCGAGUUCUUCCUCAACACAUGCGACCACCCCAUGUCGUUCCACAGCUCGCACUGGCCCAACAGGGGCGGGCUGCCCUUCAUGAGCACGGGAUUCACAGCAGAUACCAUCGACAUCCCUGUUCCCGACCCGCUUGACUUGACAGGCCCGUACACGCCGGACCUCUCCACUCAGGUGCGAACGGGCUGGCUGCCCUUCAUGAGCACGGGAUUCACAGCAGAUACCAUCGACAUCCCUGUCCCCGACCCACUUGACUUGACAGGGCCCUACACGCCUGACCUCAAAACCCAGAUUCCCUGGGAGAAGAAGGAAUCGCGGGCAGUUUUUCGAGGCAAGACCACCAAGUACGAGCUCCUUUCAGGUGGCAACUGGGGGGCCAACCCGCGCAUCCGCCUGCACCUCAUGUCCCCCGCCGCGCCCCACCUGAUGGAUGCUCGCAUCAAUGCGUGGUCCAAGGCGGAGCAACCCUCUUUCUUCCUGCUUUUCCUCCUUCCACCCAUCCUUCUCCACCCCACCAUCUGGCUUCUUAGAUCCCACCUACACGAGGCAAUCAUAUUGGCGCAGCAGCACGACAAGGCGGUGCUAAGAAUGGUGGAGGCAGCUCAACCCACUCCCUCCUCUUCCUCACUUCCUCCCACAUACCCCUUUGAUCCCCUUGAAACCGUUCAAAACCCUUUGAAAUCACUGUGUUUCAGUUUUUCAGACCUGCACGAGGCAAUCAUAUGGGCGCAGCAGCAUGACAAGGCAGUUCUAAAGAUGGUGGAGGCAGCGAAUCGGUUUGCAGACCACGCCUGCACGUGGCACGGGCGCAUGCUGUACUGGGCUCUGCUGCUCGUGAAGUACCAAGAUGUCAUGGCUGAACCUGAGAAGGUGUCACGGCCUGCCCAGCUGUGCUCUAAACCCAUCGUGGCAGCAACAGGGGUGGAGAAGGAUCCAGCAUCAGUCACAUGCAGCGACCCUAACAGGGAGAAGAAGCAGCCAGAGUGUGCUUUUUUCUGUGCUGGGGGAAUCAUGUCCCCUGAUACCUUCGAGUGGUUACCAGCUGAGUCGCUAGACAAACUGGAAAGAGUCGGACCCAAAUAA